UGUAAAGGACUUGAGCUUCAGGGUUCUCGGGAUUCGAGUCCUGGCCCUGCUGCUUGCCAGCUCUGUGCUGUGGCAAGUUACUUCCUCUCCCCAGGUCUCUCGGUUUCCUCAUCUGCUGCCUCUCCAGACUUCUGCCAGAACAUUGCACGCGACAGUUUCAGGCACAGAACUGACUGGCAGCAGGGGCUGCUCCACGAGUGGGAAUUUGCUCCAGCACUUCACGGACUGCAAGCGGGGCACUUGCUAACUCUUGGAUAACAAGACCUCUGCCAGAAGAACCAUGGCUUUGGAAGGCGGAGUUCAGGCUGAGGAGAUGGGUGCGGUCCUCAGUGAGCCCCUGCCUCCCUGAACAUAGGAGACCCACCUGGGCAGCCAUGGAAUGGGACAAUGGCACAGGCCAGGCUCUGGGCUUGCCACCCACCACCUGUGUCUACCGCGAGAACUUCAAGCAACUGCUGCUGCCACCUGUGUAUUCGGCGGUGCUGGCGGCUGGCCUGCCGCUGAACAUCUGUGUCAUUACCCAGAUCUGCACGUCCCGCCGGGCCCUGACCCGCACAGCCGUGUACACCCUAAACCUUGCUCUGGCCGACCUGCUAUAUGCCUGCUCCCUGCCCCUGCUCAUCUACAACUAUGCCCAAGGUGAUCACUGGCCCUUUGGCGACUUCGCCUGCCGCCUGGUCCGCUUCCUCUUCUAUGCCAACCUGCACGGCAGUAUCCUCUUCCUCACCUGCAUCAGCUUCCAGCGCUACCUGGGCAUCUGCCACCCGCUGGCCCCCUGGCACAAACGUGGGGGCCGCCGGGCUGCCUGGCUAGUGUGUGUAGCCGUGUGGCUGGCCGUGACAACCCAGUGCCUGCCCACAGCCAUCUUUGCUGCCACAGGCAUCCAGCGUAACCGCACUGUCUGCUAUGACCUCAGCCCGCCUGCCCUGGCCACCCACUAUAUGCCCUACGGCAUGGCUCUCACUGUCAUAGGCUUCCUGCUGCCCUUUGCUGCCCUGCUGGCCUGCUACUGUCUCCUGGCCCGCCGCCUGUGCCGCCAGGAUGGCCCGGCAGAGCCUGUGGCCCAAGAGCGGCGUGGCAAGGCGGCCCGCAUGGCCGUGGUGGUGGCUGCUGCCUUUGCCAUCAGCUUCCUGCCUUUUCACGUCACCAAGACAGCCUACCUGGCAGUGCGCUCGACACCGGGCGUCCCCUGCACUGUAUUGGAGGCCUUUGCAGCGGCCUACAAAGGCACGCGGCCGUUCGCCAGUGCCAACAGCGUGCUGGACCCCAUCCUCUUCUACUUCACCCAGAAGAAGUUCCGCCGGCGACCACAUGAGCUCCUACAGAAACUCACAGCCAAAUGGCAGAGGCAGGGUCGCUGAGUCCUCCAGGGCCUGGGCAGCCUUCAUAUUUGCCAUUGUGUCCGGGGCACCAGGAGCCCCACCAACCCCAAACCAUGCGGACAAUUAGAGCUCAGCUCAGCUGGGCAUGGAGUUAAGAUCCCUCACAGGACCCAGAAGCUCACCAAAAACUAUUUCUUCAGCCCCUUCUCUGGCCCAGACCCUGUGGGCAUGGAGAUGGACAGACCUGGGCCUGGCUCUUGAGAGGUCCCAGUCAGCCAUGGAGAGCUGGGGAAACCACAUUAAGGUGCUCACAAAAAUACAGUGUGACGUGUACUGUCAUCAAGGGGUGUGCUCCAUGCUUUGAGUCACCAAUGAAGCGGGUGAGGGAAGAUGAGAGGGGGAAGUGAGAGCUUCUGGGAAGGGGCAUUUGAGCUGGGUUUUGAGGGAUGAUUAUGAGCUCUCUGGAGAGGAGUGAUAUUCCAUUUAUUUAGAAAGACUUUACUGACACCUUGUGCUCAGGCCUGGGUUGGUUCUGGGGCCCUAGAAGAACCAGUCCUAGCCCUGGUCCAUACAGGCUCCCAACUGCUGGAAGUACAGACUGGCACAGCAACAUCAGGGUUGUGACAGAGGGAAGCAUGGCUGGGGGGAGGGGGUACACAGACAGUGCCCAUGACCCAGUCCAAGGAGUCAGGAAAGAGCUCUCUGAGGAGGGAGCAUCUGAGCCAGAUGUUGAGGGCUGAGUGGGAACUUGGCAAGCAGAAGUGGGGAGCACUUUAAUGCAACCCAGGUAUGCUCCACGCAUAUCCAGCUGGGCCAGCCUCGUGCUGGGCUCUGCCCUGGGCAGACAGGCAGAGGGCCAGAGCAGAGGACACAUGGCCUUGCAUGUGUGAAAGCUGAGAAAAUGGGAGCUGUGCUUCAGCCACCCUCCAGACAAGGGCAAGAGUUAGCCAGAUGCUCCAGGCAGUGGGAGGCCAAUGGAGGGAUUAAGCAGCGGAAGCUUCUUAGAAGAGGCAGGGGGCGAAGUGCAGUGGCUCAUGCCUGUAAUCUCAGCAAUUUGGGAGGCCAAGGAAGGAGGAAUGCUUGAGCCCAAGAGUUUUAGACCAGCCUGGGCAACACAGUAAGACCCUGUUCCUACAAAAAAAUAUAAAAAAUAGCCUGG